AUGUCGGCCCUUUUCAACUUCCAGUCGCUGCUGCUGGUAUUCCUGCUCAUAAUCUGCACCAGCACCUACGCCCACUCGAUCAUGCCAGGGAUAAUGGACCGGAACCAGAAUGGGGUCUUUGGGAUAUUCUGGAAGUGUGCACGCGUGGGGGAGCGACUCAGUCCAUAUGUCAGCAUAUGCUGCGUCCUCAUGGCAGUCCAGAUCUUCUUCGGUGGUUAA